AUCGCUCGCCCUUCUCCUCGCGUAGCGGUCGCAAGAGAGAAAAAAAAUCUCCUUCUCCAAAGCUCGUUGCUCUCAAUUCUCUCUCUCCUCCUUGUUCUUUUGGGAGCUGGCAAUGGCGGAUGUGCAGAUGGGAGAGGCCGAGACCUUCGCCUUCCAGGCGGAGAUCAACCAGCUUCUGAGCCUCAUCAUCAACACCUUCUACUCCAACAAGGAGAUCUUCCUCCGAGAACUCAUCAGCAACUCCUCUGAUGCGUUGGACAAGAUUCGGUAUGAGAGCCUGACGGACAAGAGCAAGCUGGACGCCCAGCCGGAGCUGUUCAUCCGGCUGGUGCCGGAUAAGGCCAACAAGACGCUCUCCAUCAUCGACAGUGGGGUCGGCAUGACCAAAGCCGACCUUGUGAACAAUUUGGGCACCAUUGCAAGGUCCGGAACCAAGGAGUUCAUGGAAGCAUUACAAGCUGGUGCUGAUGUGAGCAUGAUUGGUCAAUUUGGUGUUGGGUUCUACUCUGCUUACUUGGUUGCUGAGAAGGUUGUUGUCACAACCAAGCACAACGAUGAUGAGCAGUACAUUUGGGAGUCUCAGGCUGGUGGUUCCUUCACUGUCACCAGGGAUGUGAGUGGCGAGCAGCUUGGCAGGGGAACCAAGAUCACCCUCUACCUCAAGGAAGAUCAGCUUGAAUACUUGGAAGAGAGGAGGCUUAAGGAUCUGGUUAAGAAGCACUCUGAGUUCAUUAGCUACCCUAUCUACCUCUGGACGGAGAAGACGACGGAGAAGGAGAUUAGCGAUGAUGAGGAUGAGGAAACCAAGAAGGAACAGGAAGGUGAUGUUGAAGAGGUUGAUGAGGAAAAGGAGACAAAAUCUAAGAAGAAGAAAGUGAAGGAGGUCUCACAUGAGUGGUCCCUUGUCAACAAGCAGAAGCCCAUCUGGCUACGCAAGCCUGAGGAGAUCACCAAGGAGGAAUAUGCCUCCUUCUACAAGAGCUUGACUAAUGACUGGGAGGACCACCUCGCCGUCAAGCACUUCUCGGUUGAGGGGCAACUUGAGUUCAAGGCUAUCCUCUUCGUGCCGAGGAGGGCUCCUUUUGACCUUUUCGACACGAGGAAGAAGAUGAACAACAUCAAGCUCUACGUCCGGAGGGUAUUCAUCAUGGACAAUUGUGAGGAGCUCAUCCCAGAGUAUCUUGGAUUUGUGAAAGGUGUCGUGGAUUCAGAUGAUCUCCCUCUCAACAUCUCCCGUGAAAUGCUUCAGCAGAACAAGAUUCUGAAGGUUAUCCGGAAGAACCUGGUGAAGAAGUGCAUUGAACUCUUCACCGAGAUUGCUGAGAAUAAGGAAGACUACAACAAGUUCUAUGAGGCCUUCUCAAAGAACCUGAAGCUGGGUAUCCAUGAGGACAGCCAGAACAGGGCUAAGCUGGCAGAUCUCCUCCGCUUCCACUCCACAAAGAGUGGUGAUGAGAUGACCAGCUUGAAAGACUAUGUGACCAGGAUGAAGGAGGGGCAGAAGGACAUCUACUACAUUACCGGUGAAAGCAAGAAGGCUGUCGAGAACUCUCCCUUCUUGGAGAAGCUCAAGAAGAAGGGCUAUGAAGUCCUGUUCAUGGUGGAUGCCAUUGAUGAGUAUGCAGUUGGGCAGCUCAAGGAAUAUGAUGGCAAGAAGCUUGUCUCAGCAACAAAGGAAGGUCUCAAGCUUGAGGAGAGUGAGGAUGAGAAGAAGAAAAAGGAGGAAAAAAAGGCUGCUUUCGAGAGCCUUUGCAAGGUCAUGAAGGACAUUUUGGGCGACAAGGUUGAGAAGGUGGUGGUGUCGGAUAGAAUUGUAGAUUCCCCUUGCUGCUUGGUUACUGGUGAGUAUGGAUGGACCGCCAACAUGGAGAGGAUUAUGAAGGCUCAGGCCUUGAGGGACAAUGGCAUGAGCUCAUACAUGUCGAGCAAGAAGACAAUGGAGAUCAACCCGGAGAAUGGAAUCAUGGAGGAGCUGAGGAAGAGGGCAGAAGCUGACAAGAACGACAAGUCGGUGAAGGACCUGGUGCUGCUUCUGUUUGAGACUGCCCUCCUGACAUCUGGGUUCAGUUUGGAGGAUCCCAACACCUUUGCUGGGAGGAUUCACCGAAUGUUGAAGCUGGGCUUGAGCAUUGAUGAAGAUGAAGCGGCCGGCGACGGCGAUACCGAUUUGCCUGAUCUGGAGGAGGAUGGCAACGAGGAGAGCAAGAUGGAAGAGGUCGAUUAGGAAUUUGAGGUUUUCAUACCACAGAUGUUUGAUAAUGUGUCUUUAGGUGAAGAAUCUGAAUCAGGUUAAAUUAGGUGUUAUCUGAGUCGUCCCCUCUCUGUUUUCUUUCCCUUCUCUUCUUUGUUGUUUCUUAGAAUGUGCGCUGCUGAUGUAAGUUUUGGUUGCGUUGUGCAUUUGGACCGAUGAGGUAAUGAUCAUAUUUUUCUGUAAUAUGCUUCUGGAUUCCUCUUACCUUCUCAUGCUCGAAGCUUUUCAAUUUUA